GGAGCAGGUCGGCCGUCAUUAAAGGCACUCCGGGGGAGAGGGAGGCUAGAUCCAGAAGAAUGGAGCGGCCAAAGGCGAAAAGCCCAGGCCGGGGUUGCUACAGUAACACUCCCGCUGACUGAGCGGCAGCUGGCAGGCACUCUGCGGGGAGGAGGGAGAGGGAGAGCGAGGUGUGGGGUGGGGGGGAAGGCCCGGGAUGGCGCCCCGGAGCAGACACUCCUGGCUGGGCCUCUUCCUGGGCCUGGCGCUCGGUUUCGCCCUGGCCUCCCGGCUCCUACCGCCCGGAGCCGGCCCUCUGAGCAGGCUGCAGCGGCGGCGGGGUGGACGAGGGGGACUGGUUUGCGGCGGCCGCCCAGGACAGGGAGGCCGGCAGGUCGCGCCAGAAGAUGCAGAGGCCUCGGGCUCGCGCUUGGUCUACGUGGGGGUCAUGAGCGCCAAGAAGUACCUGAGGAGCCGGGCGAUUGCUGCCCAGCGGACCUGGGCCCAGCACAUCCCGGGCCGUGUGGAGUUCUUCUCCAGUGAGGGCUCGGACCUGAGCUUACCGCUGCCCCUGGUCGCCCUGCCCGGGGUUGAUGACUCGUACCCGCCGCAAAAGAAGUCCUUCCUGAUGCUCAAAUACAUGGCGGAGCGGCACCUCCAGGCCUUCGAGUGGUUCAUCCGCGCGGACGACGACACGUACAUUCGCGGCGAGCGGCUGGAAAACUUCCUCCGGAGCCUCAACAGCAGCCAGCCGCUGUACCUGGGCCAGACCGGCCUGGGCACUCCGCAGGAGCUGGGCAAGCUGGCACUCGAGCCCGGCGAGAACUUCUGCAUGGGGGGCCCGGGGGUCAUCCUGAGCCGGGAGCUGCUCCGCCGGGUACUGCCCCACAUCGGCCAGUGCCUCCGGGAGAUGUACACCACCCACGAGGACCUGGAGGUGGGCCGUUGUGUGCGCCGUUUCACUGGCGUCCAGUGCGCCUGGUCGUACGAGAUGCAGCAGUUGUUUUAUGAAAAUUAUGAACAAAACAAAAAAGGUUACAUCCAAGAUCUACAUAACAGCAAAAUCCAGCGGGCAAUCACUCUCCAUCCCAACAAGAGUCCCGAAUAUCAGUACCGGCUACAUAGCUACAUGCUGAGCCGCAAGAUUGCAGAGCUUCGUUAUCGCACGAUCCAGCUUCAUCGAGAGAUUGUGCUGAUGGGACGAUAUAGCAACUCCAGACUUCACAAAGAUGACCUUCAGUUGGGAAUCCCCCCUUCAUUCAUGCGGUUCCAACCUCAGCACAGGGAAGAGGUAUUGGAAUGGGAGUUCAUGACAGGGAAAUAUCUUUUUUCAGCUUUUGAUGGCCAGCCCCCAAGGAGAGGGAUAGAUUCAUCUCAAAAAGAAGCUUUAGAUGACAUUAUUAUGCAGGUGAUGGAGAUGAUCAAUGCAAAUGCCAAGAGCAGAGGUCGAAUCAUUGACUUCAAAGAAAUUCAGUAUGGUUAUCGAAGGGUUAACCCUAUGUAUGGAGCAGAAUAUGUACUUGACCUACUACUUCUCUAUAAAAAACACAAGGGCAAAAAGAUGACUGUUCCUGUGAGGAGACAUGCUUACUUGCAGCAAACUUUCAGCAAAAUCCAGUUUGCUGAACGUGAAGAAAUUAAUGCCAAAGAUUUGGCUAAUGCAAUUAACAGUAACUCACGAUCUCUCUCCUUCCUCUCAAACCCCCUCAAAAUAUUUGCACCUUUCCAACUGGGAACCACUAAAGUUGGAACCAAGGAGCCCAAAGAUAAGAAAAUCAACAUUUUGGUCCCACUGUCUGGCAGGUUUGAAAUGUUUGCAAGAUUCAUGGAAAACUUUGAAAGAACUUGUCUGGUUUCAAAUCAAAACGUAAAACUAGUUAUUUUGUUAUUCAACUCAGAUUCAAAUCCAGACAAAACUAAACAAGUAGAACUGUUGAGAAAUUAUCAGCUAAAGUACCCCAAAGCAGAGGUCCAGCUUUUCCCAGUAGCUAAUGAGUUUUCCAGGGCUCUUGCUCUGCAAUUUGGAGCUGCUCAAUUUAGCAAUGAUUCCCUUCUCUUGUUUUGUGAUGUUGACCUGAUUUUUACAGUGGAUUUUCUGCAGCGCUGCAGGGAUAAUGCUGAGCCAGGGAAAGGGGCAUACUUUCCAAUUAUUUUUACCCAAUAUGACCCAAAGAUUGUACACGCAGGGAAAGUUCCCAAUGACAAUUAUGCCUUCACAAUACAGAGCGGAUUCUGGAGAAACUAUGGGUUUGGGAUCACUUGUAUUUACAAAAGUGAUCUUUUGCUGGCUGGUGGCUUUGAUGUCUCAAUCCAGGGCUGGGGCAUGGAAGAUGUGGAUCUCUUCAACAGAUUCAUCGAAGUUGGUUUAAAACCAUUCAGGAGUCAAGAAAUUGGAAGUGUUCAUAUCUACCACCCAAUCUAUUGUGACCCAAAUCUGAAAGCAAAACAAUACAAAAUGUGCAUGGCCUCCAAAGCCUCCACUUAUGGCUCCACACAGCAACUGGCAGAGCUCUGGCUAGAAAAACACAAACUUAAUCUCAGCAGUAGCAAUCAUGACAAUAUAAAGAGGACAUCCUAACAUCCAGCUUGGCUGGACAAUUUUUUUUUUAAUUUAUUUUUUAAUGUUUUUAUUGUUUGAUUUAAGCAGUGAGUUUUUUGCUUUGAAUAAAAACAACUGUGAUGAAUGUUUGCAUAAGCAAUUCUGGCUGUUGACUGCUCAGGUGCAGGACUAGAAUGAAGAAACUGGUAAUUGCACACAACCCACUGGCAGUUCUCCAGUUAGAAUAGAAGGGAAGCUAGCAAUGGUCACCAACUUCUAAGAAUAGUCUGCCAGAUCCUUGAGACUUUGAGUCUAACUUUUAUAAUGUGAAUAAUUUUGGGUUGCUAUUUAAAUUUAUGAAGCAACUGUGCCCAUUUAUAGCAGCUGGGCUAUUGCACAUGACAAUGUUGUGACUCCAUAACUUUAUUCUGUUUGUUUAUGAAUUAGUGUGUCAAGACUUUGCUCAAUUCAAAUGUUGGCUUCAUUUCUUUACUCCUCAGAAUGAGCUGACCUUAGUCUGUACUACCCAAUACCAGCAGCUAAGUGCUGACUUCAGUGAGUGCUAAGUAUGUUUGGGAGUGUUUGUGGCAUUUUGUAUUAAGUGGUCAUGUUUUCAAUAGAUUUAAUUUCCUCAGUGGUGUGUGAUUUACCAUGUACCUACUACGCAAGAUUGCCAGGGUGCCUCUGACCCUCUGUAUUUAUAGCAUUUUCUACAGGCCUACACAAGUUGAGGAAUAUCUUUUGAAACUUGUCUUCCAUCUUCCUCUCCAUGUCCUAUAUUCCAAAAACUAUUUUCCUGCAGUCACAUAAUAUCGUAUCAUUCAAGCCAUAGCUCUGGUAUAAAAAGUUUUUUUUUGAACUUGGUGUAACAUUUUCAUAUUUUUUGUAAUUCAGAUUGGACCAGACAGAAAGGAACAUUUGUAAAUGAACAUGGCUUCACACUGAAACUCUCCAAUUCUGGAUGAAGUCCGUACAAGAAGGAGUUUCACCACCUGGAUGGUUUUUAAUGCUUUGGGCCUAACUAUUGGUUUGGGCACUGUGUGGGGAGAACGUAUACCAUUCAGAGAAUUUGUCUAAUUGGGAAACUACUUGCAGAAACUGAAGUCUUAAUUUUCAUUUCUGGACCACAGUCAGAUGUUGAACAAGACAAAAUUAUUCCCCCAUGUCUAAUAGAUCCAAAGGGAAGAUCUCUUGAUACUGUCCAGCUUCUCAUUUAAAAGGUCCAACCAAGCCUGAGCUAAAUCCAUUCUGUAAGAACCCUUCAACUCAAACUAAGGGUGUUGCAUGCAAUUUUUAUGCCAAUUAUAGCUACCAUUGGGAACAUUUUUAAUGUGUGGUCCAAGGGUGCUGCAUAAGCUGGUCGAGUGUGGUUAGAGCAGGAAUUGAAGACAGCAAAGUAGUUGAGGACUGAGCUCUUGAGGAUGUGAAUACACCAGAUAAGUAACAGGAGAAUAAUCUAGUUUUGAAAGUUUAAGUAUGUGUAUCUUUUUAAUUCUUUAAAAGAAUCACAUAAUUCUUUUAAAUGAAGCUUGAAGCAAACUUGCUAACUGUGAGAACUGAACUUUAAUUUUUCACCACAAACUGGUUGUUUUUUGUCUAACUUGGGCGAUGUGUAGUUGUUUGAUGUCUAUAAAUCUUUGUUACUUUUAUAUAACUUAAUACCACAGUUUGAAAAUUCCUUUGACAAUUGACAAGGUGCCAAUAGCAUCUCUACCAACAAAUGUAACGCAAAACUAGUUAAAUGCUGUACUGUUUGGCAAAUAUUGCUUACUUCGUUUUUUAGGUUGCUUUCCCCAUUAUUUUCUGCCAGCUGUGUGACUUGUGUUACUUUCCAGACAAGGAGAAAAAAAUUCAGAGACUGAAUGAAAUAUUGAAUGGUCAAUUAAUGCAAAUCACAUACCAUUUAACUUCUCAUGAGAGGGAGUGUGCUAAGUAGAGCCCUGUUCUUUAUUAAGUACAAUUUCUCUAACUCUAUGCCUGAUAGCAUCCAGUGCCCUUUAACAUGUAUUAGAUAUUUCUUAAAUGAGGGAAAAAAGCAAUACAGUUUCACAAUUUCUAUACUUGAUUGCGCAUUUUGAUCCUAAUUUGAAUUUAUUUCCAAAUUUGUCAGCAUUUACAUUUUUCAUUCUUGAAGGGGUUUUGUAUCACACCAAAUCAAACAUCAUGUACACAAACUUAGAUGAUAUUUUCACACUACUGAACUUCCUCAUUUUACAGGUGAGUGGUGAGAUAGCAAGACCUCAACUCUUCUCAUCAGUAAGCUUUCUGAAUUGUUUCCACUGCCCGUUCAAGAUUAUGUGUAGCAUUUUAGCCAUGCAAACCUUUCUUUUGGAUCAGUUUAAUAACUUUUGUACAGGAUCACUCUAACCUGUACGGUGAAGACCAUUCAGUGUCCUUAAUUGAACAAGACAAAAUUAUCCCCCAUGUCUGAUAGUUCCAAAGGGAAGAUCUGUUGAUAUUGUCCAGCUUCUUGUUUAAAAGCUCCAAUCAAGCCUGAGUUAACUCCAUUCUGUAAGAACCCUUCAACUCAAACUAAGGUGUUUGCUUACCAUUUGAAGUUUACAGAUUAAUUAAUGAGAAUAUUUGAAGGAUUUCUUAUUGACCACUGCAUUCCUUGUUUAAUCUAUUCAUUGCAGAUCUAAGAAGAUUUAGUUGAAAAGAGUUUCAAUGUUUUGUGUACUGACAUAAAAUAUGGUUAAAAUCAGAUUUGGAGAAUAAUGACUUGGAGUUUAUGUAUAUAAGUCCAUGCCCCUGUGUGUUAGGCAUUCUGCAGUUUAAAAUUGGAUGUACUGGUAAUUUUGAAAUGGAAUAACUGAGCUGAUUGAUGUAACAAAAUGUCUCCAAGAACUGCAGAGACAUCCACAACUUUCUUCCUGAAUAAUUUGGGACAGUUUGAUAGAUAUUCUUUUUAAAUAUAAAAAUCAGUUGAGUCGCAAUUUAGCAACUAUCUAUUUAUAGUAUUUUCUGCCCUUUAAAUGACAAAGCUCUGACAUUUUAUAAUGCAAAUCUCCAUGCAAAAUUCUUUGAAAAAGUUCUUGUGUACUGAUUUGUGUAUAUACCGUUUAUUAAAAAUGAACAUGAUUUAUUGUU